CCCACCUGGGACCCAUCCUGAUCUGGCUGUUUGCCCACCACCAGAUGCCUGAUUGGUGUGAGGCUCCACGGAAGCUGCCCUGGUGCCCACCCCACAAAGUCUUGUUGCUUGGGUGGACAACCAUCUACUCUGUCAUGGGGUGAGCACCCAUUUCUCAGGCCUUGGCCCUGCAACCCACUAGGGUGGAAACAAAUCCACACAUACUGGCCUCUAAAGGGAUGGCACCCCACACUGCCUCAUACGGGGGGCCCCCGCAGCCAGAGCCUUGUAUUCUGCUUGCCAAGGAUGCCAGCCAGCUCUUCCUCCACCCUCUCCAAGCCCCCCCUCCCCUUCCACACCUCACAGCACCCAACUCCUCCCCCCACCUCCCCCCUGGUCCUAGAUCCUCCGGCUCCCAUUUCAGCCCACAGUUUCCCUCUUGGUAACCAAGAGUCCUCCUACAGAGGGCCUCCUCAAUUGGCUUCCAGUGGAACCCCCUCCCUCCAAGUGUUUCUGACACCAUCUCUCCCCAGUUACGCCUCCUACCUGGUGUGGAAGGACCUGGGCGGGGGCUUUAGGCAGCCCCUGGCCCUGCCUCUCGGCCUCUAUGCUGUACAGCUUGCCAUCAGCUGGACCAUCCUGAUCCUCUUUUUCGCAGCCCACAACACUGGUCUGGCCCUGCUGCACCUGCUGCUGCUCUACGGGCUGGUGGUGAGCAUGGCGCUCAUCUGGCACCCCAUCAACAAGCUGGCAGCCCUGCUCCUGCUGCCCUACCUGGCCUGGCUCACUGUGACGGCAUCCAUCACCUACCACCUGUGGAAGGACAGCCUUUGUCCAGGACACCAGCCUCAGCCCACCCAGGAGAAGGGUGACUGAGGCCUGGGGUGCAGGAGAGGGAAGGAUGGCAGGGCAGGGCUAGAAGAGACUGCAGGCUGGGUUGUGGAGCCAGAACAGGGAGAGGGGAGAAAGGGAAGGUGGCCAGGAGGUGACUCGCCCCAGUGUGGCUGCUGUCCUGGGUCCACUGGUGCUGGUUUUCAUUAGAAUUCAGAGAAACGGGGGAGAGGAGGAAACUUGUUUUACAUGUAAAUAAUAAA